UGUGUUUAUCCACAAAUGGAGCCUGUGAUACCAGAUGCUCAGACUGGCAGAGGUCUCUGAUCAGAUUUGAGGCAAAGUUCCCUGUCAUACGAUUCAGGGCUCCGAGCAUUCUCAUUUUCAGUAGAAACCAGAGCUCCACUUUAAAGAUUCAUGAGAUCCCUUAACAACCGGAGAACAUAGUCUAAACCAGGGAAAGUGAUUGUGCAUCAGAGAGAGCAAUAGAAAAGAAAGGGAGAAGCUGUUGGUGGAACCCAGGAUCUGAGCUGAGGUAGAUUUCAGUGUAUCAGUGCUGGGAGACAGUGUGUGGGUGAGUGUGGCAGGUGGGGGAUCUCCACCUGCUGAAUGAACCCUGUUAGCAUCGGGGAGUACCAUGGGCUACGGGUGGGCUCGGCCCUGCUCGGUAUUGUUGCCGGCUGCAUCAUUAUCGGGGUGUCCAGGGAAUGUGAUGCUGAUGCUGUAGGAGGAAUCUUCCUGGGAGCUGGAGGCCUCGGCAUGCUCAUUUCAAUCUAUCCCUUCAUAAAAGCUUGGCUGAAUAUCAACAACAUCCUGCCAUCUUUUGGAAACUUCAGAGUUCACCCUGCUGCAGCUAAUGCUGAUCAACCAGCUGAGACACUGAGACGAGAAGGCACUCAGAGUCAGCUCCAACUGGAACGCUCCAAGAGCAGGAUGGGGACCUUCAUGGAGGGAGGACCAGUGGCUGAGCCCAAUCCAGAUGAGGGGACGUCUUCAGACAUGCCAGAUGUCUUAUCCAGAUGGAAAAUGAAACAGUCGCCCACUGAUCAAGACCCUCCAUGAUCUGAUCAUGUGAAAAAAGUGGACCAAUAGAGACUUCAACUCUCUCCUGUGUUUUCUGUUCAUGUGUUUGAGCUGAGCUGCAGGUUACAAUUUGCUCCUUAAUGUGUAUGCUACCCAUGUUCUAAUAAACCUAAAGAUAUGAAAUCAA